AUGUUACAAGCAAGUGUAAGCAAAUGUCUCAAGAGCUAUUGCUUCCCUGGCACCACAAUUAGAAAAUUUCCACAGCCUCCAGAAGAUGGACAAAUUAUGGAAAAUGUUGUUUUUAUGGGUGUUGUGCUUGGUGUAAUUGGCUGUGUUGAUGGGUUCCACAUUCCUAUAGUUAGUAUAGGUGGUUAUAACGCUGAACUAUAUAUAGAUAUAGAAAAGUUGUUUGUUUUUUUCGUUAAUGUAAUGGGUGUGUGUGAUGCAGAUUUUGGAUUCACUUCACUAAUCACUGGUUGGGCUGGAAGUGUACAUGAUUCACGCAUUUUUCCUCCUCAAACUUGCAUCAACUGCUAG